CGCUUCCGGGUGAGGCGGCCGUCAUGGCGGUGCUGGCGGCCAACCCCAACAACCCCGUGGUGUUCUUCGAUGUCACCAUCGGCGGGCAGGAGGUCGGCCGCAUGAAGAUCGAGCUGUUUGCUGAUGUCGUGCCCAAAACCGCAGAGAACUUCAGGCAGUUCUGUACAGGUGAAUUCAGGAAAGAUGGCGUCCCUAUAGGUUAUAAAGGAAGCACUUUCCACAGGGUAAUAAAGGAUUUCAUGAUCCAAGGAGGUGACUUCGUAAACGGAGAUGGCACUGGAGUAGCCAGUAUAUAUAGGGGUCCUUUUGCAGAUGAAAACUUCAAGCUGAAACACUCUGCUCCUGGCCUGCUUUCUAUGGCAAACAGUGGUCCAAGUACUAACGGGUGUCAGUUCUUCAUUACGUGCUCCAAGUGUGACUGGUUGGAUGGAAAACACGUUGUGUUCGGUAAAAUCGUUGAUGGGCUGUUGGUAAUGAGAAAAAUCGAAAACGUGCCUACAGGACCGAAUAACAAACCCAAGCUGCCAGUUGUGAUCUCUCAGUGUGGGGAAAUGUAAAGCAAUGGAGCAGGAAUGGGAUGUCUGGAAUUACCCAUGAAGACAUCCCUGCUGGCAUGGUAAAGCCUUUCAGAUCUGCAGUGCUUCAAAUACUUCUUUUUGAUGAAGUGACAGUAUGGAAUGCAGUCACUCGGUACUUCUGCUGGCAUUUAUAGGCUUUUGGAGAUGGGGACAGCUUUGUUAAUAGGCUUUCUUGCUGGUGGAAAGAGCUGUGCUGGUGGGCUGGGUCCCCUUUAGGGCUGUCCUCAGACCCAGACCUGUUGAUCAUUUUUCUUUGGAGCCUUUAUGUAUGAUGUCUAGUCAACAUCCAGCUGCAUAUCUUCAGUUCUAGGCAUCUGCUUGCUUCCUAGCCACAUCUUAGGAAACAUCUUUCUGCACACUGCUGCCUUUCAGCUGCCUCUUGACAGGAAUGGG